CAAAGGAAGGAUUACUUGCUUAAAUUUUAUAUACGUUUUGUAUUUAGAACUACUAAUUCAAGAUGAAGAAGAAAGUUCUGUUAAUGGGUAAAAGUGGCUCUGGGAAAACCAGUAUGCGCAGUAUUAUUUUUGCAAAUUAUAUUGCUCGCGAUACUCGCCGUCUUGGAGCAACAAUCGAUGUAGAACAUAGUCAUGUUAGAUUUCUUGGUAAUUUGGUGCUAAACCUUUGGGAUUGUGGCGGUCAAGAAGCAUUUAUGGAAAAUUAUUUUGCAUCACAGCGUGACAAUAUAUUUAGGAAUGUAGAAGUUCUGAUCUAUGUUUUUGAUGUUGAAUCGAGAGAGUUGGAUAAAGACAUGCAUUAUUAUCAAAGUUGUUUAGAAGCAAUAUUACAGAAUAGCCCAGAAGCAAAAAUAUUCUGUUUAGUACAUAAGAUGGAUCUGGUUCAAGAAGAUCAGCGUGAUUUGAUAUUUAGAGAGAGAGAAGAGGACUUAAAGAGACUUAGUUUGCCCCUUGAAUGUACUUGUUUUAGAACAAGUAUAUGGGAUGAAACAUUGUACAGGGCAUGGUCUUCAAUUGUAUACAUGUUGAUUCCCAAUGUGAAAGAACUUGAACAAAGUUUGAAACAAUUUACAAACAUUAUUGAUGCUGAUGAAGUUCUUUUGUUUGAAAGAGCAACAUUUUUGGUAAUAAGUUAUUGUCAGAGGCAACAUCAUAGAGAUGUCCAUCGAUUUGAAAAAGUUUCUAAUAUAAUAAAGCAAUUUAAGUUAAGUUGCAGCAAAUUGGCAGCACAGUUUCAAAGUAUGGAAGUUAGAAAUACAAAUUUUGCAGCAUUUAUCGAUGUAUUUACAUCGAAUACAUAUGUGAUGGUGAUUAUGUCGGAUCCCGCUAUCCCAUCGGCAGCAACGUUAAUCAAUAUUCGUAAUGCACGGAAGCAUUUUGAAAAACUGGAACGUGCUAGUCAAAGUUCAGCCUUGAGUAGAUAGAAAUCAAUUCGACCCAGGCGCGUUGUCACCCGGGUCCAAGCUGUUAAUCAUUGUUGAAUCUAAGAGUCACUUUGGAUUGAAAUCACCAGGAUGAGAGACAGUUGUACAAGGCUUUUUUAUUUAUUAACACUCGAUAAAUUUGUCAGUGAUCUGUAAAUUAUGACAUGCAAAUACUGAGCAUCAGUAAUGGUACAAUUUUAAAGAGACUUGUAUUAAUAGCAUUUAUAGCUCAACUGAUACAGAACCUAUAUAGAUGUUUACACGAAGAUUCUCGCAAUUAUGUAGACUAAUGGUAAAUGUAAAGAGUAAGUCACCCAUGAACACACAAUUUUACGUUACUGAUAACGUAUCAUAUGAAUAUUUCAUAUUCUUCAGUUAUUCAAAAAUGCUCUCUAUCUUGGCUCUUAGAUCAUGCGUGGUCCCCUGGGUGAGCAAUUUUCCGGGUUCCGUGUUAUGUCCCAUUUUUGUACAGCAAUUAU